UCUGAGUUAAUUCGAAUAAUCACAUAUACAAAGAACGACAAGUAGAGUAUGUCGUUUCAGUAAGAAUCGCAUAGAUAAUUUGACGGUUUUACCCUACAAAACCUGCAGUGGUGCAAAACAAUCCCAAGUCCCAAACACUCUCUCUGCUUCGUCUUCCCUCCUCGAUUCAAAAUUCCAAAAUCCGAUCCAGUCUUCCUUAGGGUUUCUCGUCCCCGCCUCCACCAUGAGCUCCGCCACGGUUCUCGACGAUGAUAAUUAUGCUGCCCAAGAGGUUCGUAUUCAUAAGGAACCUUUGACGAGCAGUGCACAGAGGAGAAAACUGGCGGAUAUUAGCAAUUUGGACAGAGAAGAGACGCAGCAGCAGCAGCAAAAUUUGCUCUUCUCUUCUAAAGAAUAUGCUGCGAAGCUUGAAAAGGAGAACAUGACGCUGAUGAAAGCUCUAGCGCACAGAAAUAAAAUUAUUGAGCUGAGCGGUGUUGAGAUUCAGAAACUGAGGAUUAACUUACGGAAUGUGCAGGAAAAGAAUUUGCACCUUGCACAGGCUAACAGUCAUAUGUUGGCGGAACUCAAUACAAACAGAGACAGACUCAAGCUACUUCAGCAUGAACUUGGCUGCAAGAAUGUGUUACUCGAAGCCAGGAAAAUGCAGACUGAGGAGCAAGGACUUCCAUCUACAGAUGACUCUACGAAAGAUAAGGCGCAUGACAUGAAUCCCAAAGAUACCAAGAGAAAGCGAACGUCAAGGAUAAAAGCCUCAGAAAGCUCCGUUGUUAAGCCAAUACAGAUUAAAGAGAACGCCAACAGUAAAAGGAGAGUUUCUGGAGUAAUAGAUACUACUUUUAUCCCUGAAGUAAACUGUCAGACUGAAGAUGACGCUGAAAAAGAGGUUAUCUCUCAAGGGACAAGCCAAAUUGUUGACAGUAUUGUCAACAGUAAGUUUGUUCUUGAUGCAGCUAACCCCAUAAAAGACGGCGUGCAUAGCAAGAGGCAAUGUGUACGAAGGAAAUCUACCAGGUUUGAUGUUCAAGAAACUGAACAAACGGAAUCAGUGCUUGAGAUGGAUGAUGCCAAAGAAACUAAAGAAACCACAAGGAUUUGUUUUAAAAGACGGUCUGCUCGGUUAAGGCCCGAAGAAGCUGAACCAUGUAAAAGCUUCCAUGAGAGAGACGAAGUCAAGGAGACAAUCAAGGGGAGAAGAGUCUCUUCAAGACAACAGUCUGCAAGGUUUGAUUUCCAAGAACCGGAAGUGCCUGAAACCGUGAGUGCUGAUGAUGCAAGGGAACUUUCCGGAGUCAAAGAUACUACUGUUAUCCCCGAAGUAACGUGUCAGACUGAAGAUGACGCUGAAAAAGGGUUUGUUUCUCAAGGGACCAGCCUUAUUGUUGACAAUAAGGUUCUUAUUGAUGCAGCUAACGCGGUAAAAGACAGUGUGCAUAGCAAGAGGCAAUGUGUGGGAAAGAAAUCUUCCAGAUUUGAUGUGCAAGUAGGUGAACAAACAGAAACAGUGCUUGAGAUGGAUGAUGUCAAAGAAACUAAAGAAACCGCAAGGCUUUCUUUGAGAAGAGGGUCAGCUCGGUUAAGGCCCAAAGAAGCUGAACCAUGUAAAAGCUUCCAUGAGAGAGACGAAGCCAAGGAGACGAUCAAGAGGAGAAGAGUCUCUUCAAGACAACAGUCUGCAACGUUUGAUUUCCAAGAACCGGAAGUGACUGAAACCUUGAGUGCUGAUGAUGCAAGAAGCUUAGUAAGCGAUGGAUCUGAAGCUGUAGAACCAUCUGAAAGCAGACGUGACACAAAAGAUACAAACGGGACACGCAGGGUCACAACGAGAAGGCAAUCAGCAAAGGGUAACUCCCAAACAGCUACAGAAACUAAUGGAGCCAUCGAAGAUGUUGUAGUGACAGACCCGUCUAUAAGCAUCAACACAGUCCAAGAGUGUGAUCUUUUACCAUCGACGGUUUCUUCGGAGGACCAUGAAAAAGAAUCAAAGAACAAGCCUGAAGCUGAGGAAACCGGAGGAAUGAUGAGAAGAACGUCCAUGAGAAGAACAUCGAGACAUGCCGCUGAGAAAGUGCAAUCAUACAGAGAAGUCUCGCUUAAAGUGAAGUUGCGGCGAGACUGCUGAAUCUCCUCUUAGCCUCUAGCUUAUGUUCUUAAUAUGCUAAAGAUUGUUGGUUCAGUAGCUUACUUCGUGCUUUUGUAUAUCCAAGUCAAAGGUUAACUUUGACUUCCUCUUCUACUUACAAACGAUUGUGUAAGCUAAGAAAAAAUCUACACUUUUAAUGGGUGUGUGCAUUAGUCAGACUAAGUGACUACUUCUGGUAGUGUUUCUCAUUUCUUGUUUCUGAAAAGUCAACCCUUUGAUUUGAUGACACACUGGUUUAAUUUAAUUCUGGUUUGCAUAUCUAUAUAUGUUUUACAGAUUAGCGUACUUAUAUUCACUUCUGCCUGAUAAUGCAAGAGAGACAUUAAAUGGGGGUUUCCCAUACUAUUUUAUAAUAUUACUUUUAUAACAAGGGUUUUUAGUAAUUAAACCUCUAAACUCAAAAUGAAUUGUAAAAAAAAACCGUCAAUUAAAAUUUUUGUAAAAUAAACUUUCGAUUUUAAUUUUGUUAACAUAUGUUAACUUCCGUCUAAAAAAUCGUGACGCAUGGUGACAUACGUUAAUAGUUUAUAAGUUCAUGAUUUAUAAUGUUGAAAAUUUAGUUGAUGAGUUUUUUUACGAUUCAAAAAUAGUUGAAGAAUUUUAUCAUUGAAAGACAUUAAAUGUUCUAAAAGGAAGGUACUAUAAUCACACUUCUCCUUUGGAAGAUCGGCGUACAUACUCACCAUCAUAUGGAUGGCGUAGUAUCAUGGCAGCAAAACCUCUACUCAUCUCGGGGUUACGGAAAACAAUUGGCACGGGUCAAGAUACGAGGGUUUGGAGUGAGUCUUGGGUCCCAGAUAUAGUGGCUCGACCGCCUAAACCUGCUGACCACAUUGUAUACAGACUACCCCAACUCCUUGUUCAGUCCUUUAUUAGGAAUGAUACCAAGGAGUGGGAUAUACAACUUCUACGGGAUUUUUUCCACUCAGAUGAUAUCCCUUUGAUACUUGGGCUCAAGCCCUCCCGCUCUCGUGCUCCGGAUGGAUAUGUUUGGAACCACACAAAAUCAGGAGUUUAUUCAGUUAAAACCGGUUAUGACCUACUUCGAUCGACCAAGUUGAGUCUUUCACAGGAAGGGGCUUUAGAACCAAGUAUCACGGGCCUACAAAGCCAUGUGUGGAAGAUAAAUGCCCCGAGUAAAAUGAAGCAUUUUUUGUGGCAGGCUAUCUCGGGCUGUGUGGCGACGGCAGAGAGGCUUAUGUAUAGACACCUGGGCACCGAUAGGAGUUGUCCUAGAUGUGCUGGCCCAGUGGAGUCGAUUAAUCAUCUUCUUUUUGAAUGCCCACCAGCUCUUCAGGUUUGGGCUUUAUCGGACUAUCCGUCCCUUCCGGGUUACUUCCCGAGUACAUCUAUAUAUCAAAACAUGAACUUCCUAUUAUGGAAGAGAAAAGAGGUGGCUCUUCUGAGACCACAAUUCGAUACCUUUCCAUGGAUCUGUUGGUACAUUUGGAAGGCGAGGAACGAUAAACUUUUCAAUGGGAGAGACGUAUCUCCCUUUGCCACCCUCCAACAUGCGUCUCUUGAGGCAGAAUGUUGGAGGAAGGCUAAUGAAAAGGAGAAAGCAGAUGAAGAUCAUGACGAUCCUCCUACUAUAGAGGUUGAGACAGUGCCCCAUGGGAUACCCCAAAUCCCUACCUGUCAAAUUGAUGCAUCAUGGAUCAAUAAUGGCAGUGUCAGUGGCUUAGGGUGGAGUCUUAAAGAUCAAAUGGGCGUAGAAUACUUCGGAUUACGGGCGUAUAACAGGAGCCUCUCAGCCUUACAUGCUGAGAUGGAAGGAUUACUUUGGGCAGCCGCAUGUAUGAGAGACAGGAGGAUCACUUCGGUACGGUUCGAGACGGACUGCUUGGACUUAGUGGACAUGAUUACAAACCCGAUGGACUGGCCAGCAUUCGCGACAGAGUUCGAAGAGUUCCAGAGGUUACAAGAUGAUUUCGAGGAUGUGAGACUAUCUCAUAUUCCUCGGAGUCAGAAUGGCCGGGCAGACGCGUUAGCGAAAGAGGCAAGAUCCAGAGAUUAUAUUUUCUCCCAUAUAGAUCAGACCCGGACAGAUGGAGAUGCUCCUCGGAGAAUCGACUCGUCUGCUCUCCACUUGAUCUAGCUUAGAUGGGAAGACGACAAAAAAAAAAAAAAAAAAAAUCUAUAUAUGUUUUACAGAUUAGCGUACUUAUAUUCACUUCUGCCUGAUAAUGCAAGAGAGACAUUAAAUGGGGGUUUCCCAUACUAUUUUAUAAUAUUACUUUUAUAACAAGGGUUUUUAGUAAUUAAACCUCUAAACUCAAAAUGAAUUGUAAAAAAAAACCGUCAAUUAAAAUUUUUGUAAAAUAAACUUUCGAUUUUAAUUUUGUUAACAUAUGUUAACUUCCGUCUAAAAAAUCGUGACGCAUGGUGACAUACGUUAAUAGUUUAUAAGUUCAUGAUUUAUAAUGUUAAAAAUUUAGUUGAUGAGUUUUUUUACGAUUCAAAAAUAGUUGAAGAAUUUUAUCAUUGAAAGACAUUAAAUGUUCUAAAAUAUUUAUUAUCAUUUAUACAUUAUUUUAGAUUGAUUUAUAAGCCUUUAAAACUAAUUUCAUAAAUUUGAUAAUAUUUUUGAUAUAUUAUUUUUGAUUUAUUGAAUUACUUAUGUUUCAUUAGUAUCACAAAUAAUGUUAGAUUAUAUUAUCCUAACAAGUAGCAGAAAUUAUAAAAACUUAUAAAAUCAUUGUGACACUUAAUCAUAUGUAAAAGUAUUAAAAUAUUUAUGAAGCUUUAUAAAUCGGUUAUAAAGCAAUGUAUUAAAAUUUAUAAAUUAGUUUUGAACGUUUAUAUCAAUCUAAAACAAUGUAUAAAUGAUAAAAAAAAAUUAAAAUGAUUUUUGAAUCGUAAAAAAACCUCAACUAAGUUAAUAACAUUAUAAAUCUUCACCUUAUAAACUGUUAUCAUAUGUCACCAUCCGUUAUGGUUUUUUAAACGAAAGAUAACAUACGUUAACGAAAUUAAAGUUGAAGGAUUAUUACACAUAAUGUUUAGUUGAGGAUUUUUUAUGAUUUAUCUUUGAGGAAUUUAAUUACUGAAAAGCGAUUGAGGAAUAAUGUGCAUUAAGUGCCAUAAACCGGCUACCCUUAACCUAUCAUUAGUAUCCAUCCUUCCAUUUGUUGCACAAUCUCGAGCUUUCCUAAAUCCAAUCAACACACAUAUAACAUAAUGGAUAAAAAAAUCCAAAAUAGCAGUUAGACAUGUUAAUUAGGAUUGACUCUUGGAGUUUGAACUCGUCUACUCCUAAAAUUUAUCGAGUUUGGAUUUAGUUUUAUAAGCCCAAAAAAUUGGGGCUUUCGGAGACUUUGGAUUUUAUGGAUCUAAGCCCAUUUGGGUUAGGACUGGCUCAAAAACCCAAAAUUAUGUACUUUAGCUUAAAUAUUAUUGUUCUUGCAAUCGAAAACAUUAUUAGUAUUGACACAUUUUUUUAAUAUUUUUAUCUAAAUUUUAGUAAAACAAAUGUAAAAAAAUUUUAAUGUCUUUUAUUGUUUGAUCAUUACAAGUGUCACAUUUUAUUUUUAUUUCAGGUACAACAUGUUUUUUUUUUUUCAAAAUUUGAAGUACGAAACGUUUGACCGUUAUGAUCUACUACUGGGCUUUAUCUUAGAGUAUGGGCUUCGUGCUAUACAACAGUAAAGGCCCAAUUGAUAGCAAAUUCCUCGUAAAAUAAAAUCUUCUAUAUUUGUCUGUCUUGGCGAACAAACAAAGUUCACAUCCCAAGAACCUCGCCUUUUCGUCGAAGCAAGCAAGAAUCAGAGAUUGAAAGCAAAUCCUUCCUCUCAGAAUGUCAGAGUUACCAACCAUUUUGGACUCCUUUUGGCAUCCUCGAGUAAUCAACUUCGAUUAUCAGUGUGGUGAGUGUGGCGCAGUGAUCAGCCUGGAAGUGUUCCGGAGUGGACACACCUACAUGCACGUGGAGGAGCCACAUUUCUACCCGGAGGUUCUGGUGAACUGUGUAGGUGGCACGUUCCGAGUUCAGAGCACUCACUGUGAAAUCACUAUUCACUUCUCUACCUAUGCAGGGAAUCGAGGAGACAUAAGGGUUGAUCCUUAACUUAGUUCUUAGUUUGUAGACUGUUUUUGUUGCCAAGAUUUGCUCAGGAUUUUGAUUUGGAUUUGGCAAAACAUAUUAGUCUCCGUUCAUCUUUUGGGGUUUUCAAUUCCUUUGCCCUUUGACAUAUGUUUGAACACAACAGCUUAAUUACACAAUGAAUGAUUAGCGUUGCAUCAAAAUUCUGAAACUUUCUUAGGAAACUGAAACCACAAACCAUGUAAACACUUUUGUUUAGCCGUGACAGUCUGAUACGAUUAGAUAAUAAUAUCUUGUAGGAGAUUUUCUGGAGUAAUAGCGUGCUAUAGAAACUAAAGAAACCGCAAGGUUUGUUAUCUAGUGUGUCCUCUUCCCAUUUUCAUUACCUAUAUUGUUGUAAACUCUGAAUGGACAGACAAUAACGUAUUGCAUUGACAUUGUCUCCUUCUGGAGAGGAUUUGUUUGAAAGGACGGUUAAGGCCCGAAGAAGCUGGUGAUAGAUGUCCUCUUGAGUAUAUGGACCCUCUUAUGAGCCACCAUUAUAAACAUCCCCUUCUUUUUCUCCUCUUAUCUUUCUGAAAAAGACCAGCCAAAUUAGAAAACAGAAGUUUCUUAAAUAUGGUAAUAAAUAUAAACGAAUUAUUAAUCUAAACUUGCAAUAAAUAUAACAUUUCUAUGUUCUAUAUCUGAUUAGGUGAAUACCUCUGACGUGAAAAUACAAGUACGAGCAUGAGCAAGGCUGUAGAUCGAUAAAAUUUUGUUGUUUAGAAACUUGAGAUGAAUUAUGAUUCUUUUAGUUCAGUUAAAGAUAAUAGUUAUGUUGGGAGACAUUCUGAUACAAAAUGGUGGUGAGAAAAUGAGCUACUUUGGAUUUGAACACCUCUUCCGACUAUGGAUUGAAACUAUGAUCUCCAAUCAAACUUCUCUCUCAACGUAGCGUUCGUACCAAUGAUUUUGACACAAUUUCACUUCUCUCUCCAUAUAGAAUCACAGUCUUCCCAUGGAUUUGUUGGUUCAUUAGGGUAGGUUGCAACUGGCUGUUCGAGAACAAAGACUCGGCACCAUCAGAUACUUAUCUCCAAAGGUCUCCAAGUCUGCUAAAAAAAUGGCUCUAACUAGCAAAAUAUGCAAUCCAAACCUCUCCUUGGGGCUCCUCUAUUUAGAGUGACCCAUUUAAGAAUCUAACUAUGAUGCUGGUAUAUCAAUUUUUUUUUUUUGUCAAGGAUGCUUGUAUAUCAUUUAGUUUGUAAAAAUAAUGAUAGAUUUUUGGUGCAAUUAUUAAGCUGUCAAUUAUAUCUUCGAAAGUAAAAGAUAAAAAAGAAAACAUACAAAACUUAAAAAGGGAAAAGAAAAGAAAGAGGGGAAAAAUAGAAUAAAUUUAACUACUUCAUAUUUUUUUUUUUGUUAAAAGAUAGCAAGCUACGAGGCAAUCAUAGUUUUAGUAUUUUAAAACUUUCAAGUAACUUUCAAGUUAUGAAAUUUUCAUAACAGCUCGGAAUAUAUUUAGAGUGAUGACAAAGAAUAAUUCGAAUCACUACAUAUAUCAAAACGACAAGUAGUGUGUCGUUUCAGUAAGAAUCGAAUAAAAAUUUGACGGUUUUACCCUACACUCCGCUCACUCUGCUUCGUCUUCCCUCCUCGAUUCAAAUUCCAAAAUCCGAUCCAGUCCUUAAUACUUAGGGUUUCUCGUCCCCGCCUCCACCAUGAGCUCCGCCACGGUUCUCGACGGCGAUAAUUAUGCUGCUGAAGAGGUUUGUAUUCGUAAUGAAUCUUUGAUGAGCAGUGCACAGAGGAGAAAAGUGAAAACUAGCGGAUAUUAGCAAUUUGGAGGGUCAAGCAAAGCAAACGAACAGAGAAGAGACGCACCAGCAGCAAGAUAUACUCUUCUCUUGUAAAGAAUAUGCUGAGAAGCUUGAAAAGGCAUUUCCUUUUGCACUUUUAUUUUGGUGCCUUUUGUGGUGGCUGACUGUUAUUUUGUUGAUUCUCGGUUGCAAGUAACCAUCUUCAUCUUUAGAAUGUGUUGGUUUCUGAGCGUUACUUUUGGUGGUGAUGUUUGUUUUUUUUUGUUUUGGUGGUUCAGUAGCUUACUUCAUGCUUUUGUA